CGAUGACAGAUAUCAAACAUAUACAACAACACAUGCACAACGUAGUACCGAGAGGCGUGGACGGUGGCGGUGCUGAAGUUCGCGAACAGUAGUGUCGCUCGCUUCCUUUUUCCGUUGGCAGCCAAUUGUAAACUUGACGUUUUGACGCUCAUUGCGGCUCGUUGUAAACGGUCGACAAUACAUUGCGCGGCUUAUACAGUGCACGAUUUCGAUUGUUCUGUCAUCAUCCUGGCCGCCUCAGGUAUGGCAGUCGAUUUGGGAUUCGUAGAAAAGUGCGAAUCCUGGCGACUCGAGAGCAGAUUUUUCCCCAGCAAAGCGGGCGCCAAGCCGGCCUGGCUGGAUCUGAAAAACAUUCCUGGCAAAAGCGAUCUACAGUGCGAAAAUUGCGGCGACCCCUGCGUGUUUCUUUGCCAGAUCUACGCACCGUACGAGGAGGACGAUAACGCAUUUCACAGAACUAUAUAUAUCUUUGUGUGCAAGAACGCAGAUUGCUGCAGGCCAAAUCAGAAUAAGAACUUGAAGGUUUUUAGAUCACAGUUGAAUAGAAUAAACGAUUUUUAUCCAGCCGUACCACCUGUGGAACAAAAAGACUGGAGAACGGAUAUUGACGUAUCACAGUGGACAAAGACGUGCUCCGUCUGUGGAAUUUUAGCUCCUAAUCAUUGUGGCAAAUGUAAGGUCGUCAAUUAUUGUUCACGUGUACAUCAAAUAUACGACUGGAAGGAUGGACACAAAAGUACAUGCGGCACUGAAGCAAAUCACAGCAACAGUUUGCUGUUUCCUGAAUACGAAAUCAUAAUAGAGAGCGACGACACUGCGAAGGAAAGUGUCGAACAAAACGAUCCUAAAAGUGAACAAGAGGAGAUUGAAAAGUACAAUGCGAUGAUGCAGAAUGGUGAAGCUGGAGUAUUUCAGAAUGAGGACGUUAAUGAUUUACUUCAGGUGGCAAACGUCGAAAAAGAUGAGACAUUUGCAGAAUUUCGUAUGAAAAUAGACAAUUUUCCAGAUCAGAUUUUGAGAUAUGAAAGGGGUGGAAAUGUUCUUUAUAUUUCGUCACAUAAUCAAAUAACGGACAUACCAAGAUGUCAGGAAUGCGGUGGUGAGAGACAGUUUGAAUUUCAAAUAAUGCCGCAACUAUUAAAUUUUCUUGGCUUAAAAGAUGUCGCUAAGGGUCUCGAUUGGGGAAUAUUGGUCGUUUUCACAUGCAAACAAUCUUGCGUACCUAAAAAUAAAUAUAUAAAAGAAUAUAUAUGGAAACAAGACAUUGUACCGGAGGAAGCUGAAUCAAAAAUAAAUCAGAAUAUUUAAGUACA